GAGAAGACUCCCUCCAUGAAUCAAAAACCCCUUCCACCGAUUAAUAGAAAAAAACCAAACAAAAAAUCAAAACUUUCUUCAAACAACAAAAAAAAAAAGAUUUUCUUUCAAAAACCAAAAUUUUCUUUUACAUAAAUUUUACAAUUUUAUUCCUUCCAUUUACGAAAAAAAAAUCCGAUUUAUAUAAUUUCUUCCAUUUACAGAAAUUGAUUCUGUUUUUCUCUGACUCCGUCUCUGUUUCUGGGUUCGUCGCCAAGAGAAUUGUCUUCACCUUCAUGUCUCACAUUCAAACCUUUUAGGCCUUCCUCUGUUUUUUUUGUGAGAAUCUUCAAAUAGCCUCUUAUAGAUGGAAUCAGAAACAGAGUCCUCUCCUCCUUCAAGAGAUCUAACCCAAUGCUGCGACUGUGAAUGCCAUUCCUCUCCACGUCCCUUAAACCGUUCUCUGAAACGCAGACACAACGACGAGCUCGACGGUUCUUCAUCAAACCCUAAAGUCCACAUCGAGAACGAAUGCGAAUUGCUCCGAGAAACCGUCACCAGCCAACAACAAUCAAUCCAGGAGCUCUACGAGGAGCUUGAGAAGGAGAGGAACGCUGCAGCUUCAGCUGCAGAUGAGUCAAUGAACGUGAUGCAGAGGCUGCAGAACGAGAAAGCAGAGCUUCAGAUGGAGCUGAGGCAGUACAAGCUUUACGUUGGGGAUAAGAUGGAGCAUGAUUUGCAGGAGAUGUUGGCUUUGGAGGAUUUGUUGAAUCAGAGGGAGCAGACUAUAAUGGCUUUGACUUGUGAGGCUCAGGGUUAUAAGCAUAGGAUGAUGAGUUAUGGUCUCACUGAGGCUGAAGCUGAAGGUGAGGAGGAGGAGGAGGAGGAUAAGAGUUUGUUGUUGCUUAGUCCUGAUCCGAGUUCUGAGUGUGGGGGUCUUUAUCCUUCUUUGAAGUGUAGUAUUAACGAGAGUCAAGAUCAUCUUGAGUCUGAUGUUUAUGUGGCUGAUGAUGGGAAGUUCCCUCCUGUGAAUUCGCCUUUGAAGAAUUUGGAUCAGAGAAUCAGCGAGAUGGAGACGAAUCCUAGCUUUGGUGAGCUGGAUGGUGGUUUCUCUAGUGGUGUGAGAGAGAGGGAUGUUAAGGAGAAGAUGGUUGUUGGUCAGAGUCCUAGGCCUCAACGACAUUUUAGGAGGAUGUCUACUAAAGAAGUUAGGCUUGAUGCUUAUGUUGAGUCUCCGAGGUCUAAGAAUGUUAAUGCUAAAGAUGAUGACUCUUCUGAUAUAGGAGAUGACAUGAGUGAUGAUAGAGUUUACACCAUUGAUUCUGUACAUCACGGUGUGACUGAGCAGAAGCUUGAGGCAGAGACUUCUGAUGGCAGUGUGGUUUUCCCUAGAGAGCAAAUGGAUCUUGGUGAUCCUGAUAUAACGAAGCUUUACAUGAGGCUUCAGGCACUUGAAGCUGACAGAGAGUCAAUGAAACAGGCGCUUAUUUCUAUGAGGACUGAGAAGGCUCAAAUGGUAUUGUUGAAAGAGAUUGCUCAGCAUUUGUCAAAGGAAGUUGUGCCUCAACGGAGGUUGCCUCUGAGGAAAGUAUCUAAUGGUGGGUCAUUGCCUUUCACGCCAGUCUUUAAGUGGAUCACAUCUUUUGUUUCAUGGAAGAGAAAGGCUCGUAGAAGCAAGUACAUGUAUGGGAUGUCAGCAAACAACAUGGGACUGCAAAUGCUUCUAGAAAAGGUCCCUAGAUCAAGGAAAUGGCGAUGCCUCAGGAGCACGCAAGUGUAACACAGAUCCAAAGCCAAAAUCAUUCUCCUGACACUCUAGAUUUCCAAACCACAUAAAAGUAUUAAGUACUGAUGAAUUUGCAUGUCGUUAAGUGUGUGUGUUUCUCUCCAACUCGAACUGGGUUAAUCUUGUUCUUGGGUUGCAGGGAAAAAUGUGUCUUAUGCAGUUUUUUUAUUCAUUCUGUUUGGCUCCAAUGUUUUAACUGUUUGUAUAGAAAAAAUAAUGGGGUUGAAGAAUGAUUUAUAACUGAGAUGCUACACAAUCUUUGUAUUGUUUCUAACAUGUGUUGUUUUAUUGGUUUUUUCAUAUUUUGGAGAUGGAUACAUCGUCAUGUGUUGUUUUAAUGCGACCAUCCUAAUUCAACACCUUGUCUUAUUUAUAUCA